AUGGCGACUGGGUGUGUUAAUGGUCUUAUUUUUACGAAUCGAUCUUUCUCUUUCUUUUUUCUCUCUUUCAUUCUUUCUUACAUGUUUUUAUUUAGUUUCAGUCACGCAUUCCUAGUAUUUUCAUUAAUCUCUUUUUUUUUAUACCUGUAUGUUUUCGAUUUUCAUUCCUUUUAUUUUCUUUCUUUUAUUGCGUUAUUGUUAUUGUUUUUCUUUCUUUCACUCAUCUCUCUUUUUACUUUGUUUUUCAUUUUUCAUUCAUCUCUCUUUUUACUUUGUUUUUCAUUUUUCAUUCAUCUCUCUUUUUACUUUGUUGUUUCAUUUUCAUUCAUCUCUCUUUUACUUUGUUUUUCAUUUUUCAUUCAUCUCUCUUUUUUACUUUGUUUUUCAUUUUCAUUCAUCUCUCUUUUUUUUACUUUGUUUUUUUCAUUUUUCAUUCAUCUCUCUUUUUACUUUGUUUUUCAUUUUUUAAUCAUCUCUCUUUUUACUUUGUUUUUCAUUUUUCAUUCAUCUCUCUUUUUACUUUGUUUUUCAUUUUUCAUUCAUCUCUCUUUUUACUUUGUUUUUUCAUUUUUCAUUCAUCUCUCUUUUUACUUUGUUUUUCAUUUUUCAUUCAUCUCUCUUUUUACUUUGUUUUUCAUUUUUCAUUCAUCUCUCUUUUUACUUUGUUUUUUCAUUUUUCAUUCAUCUCUCUUUUUACUUUGUUUUUCAUUUUUUAAUCAUCUCUCUUUUUACUUUGUUUUUUCAUUUUUCAUUCAUCUCUCUUUUUACUUUGUUUUUCAUUUUUCAUUCAUCUCUCUUUUUACUUUGUUUUUCAUUUUUCAUUCAUCUCUCUUUUUACUUUGUUUUUCAUUUUUUAAUCAUCUCUCUUUUUACUUUUGUUUUCAUUUUCAUUCAUCUCUCUUUUUACUUUGUUUUUUCAUUUUCAUUCAUCUCUUUUUACUUUGUUUUUCAUUUUUCAUUCAUCUCUCUUUUUUACUUUGUUUUUUCAUUUUUCAUUCAUCUCUUUUUACUUUGUUUUUCAUUUUCAUUCAUCUCUUUUUACUUUUUUUUUACUUUGUUUUUCUUUUUUUUCAUUUUUCAUCUCUCUUUUUUACUUUGUUUUUCAUUUUUUAA